AUGGCAAAUGGGUUCAGUGUGACCAAGUACAAGUCCCAACGGCAGCUCCAGUUCCCCGGCCUGGGGGAGAACGCGCGUGGCGGCGCACUCUGCACAUGCUCCGGAGCGCCUCCGCCCGGCGGCGUGGAGGGUGGGGAAAGCGAGACAGCCUCGCGACCCCGGACGAAACUUCCCCGAGGUCCGCCGCGCGACCCCACGAGCGGGGGGGGGGUGCUGCUGGCUCAUGCAGUAGUACGACUCGUAGAGCCGGUCGCGGCGGCCCCGGCGGCCCCCCUGCGCCUCCCGCCGCCUCCGCCGGCACAGGCACAGGGGGCCCCGCUCGGCCUCCGCCUUGGCCCCCUCCUCGCCCUCGGCGCCGCGCUCCAGGAAGUAGCGGUGCCGCCGCAUGGCUGCCUGCCCGGCGGGCGAGGGACUCCUCAGCGAGACCCUCCGGCCCCGCCGACGCCGCCGGACGCCCCGAGCAGCAGCAGCAGCAGCCCCGGCAUGGCGGGCAGUGCGCGACUGGAGGAGGAGGAGGAGGAGGAGGCGGGCGGGCAGCGGCGACCUGCGAGGGACGCGCCAAGCACCUCCCCGCGAGGACGCGCCGCGCCCACCGCCCCGCAGGAGCAGGCUAGGCAGGCGGGCGGAGGAGGACCCGGCAGCAGCGCCCUCUCCGUCGAGCCUGCCCGCUGCGCGCCUCUCCAAGUUCCCUCCCGGCGCUGCGCAGCGAGGCUCCCUUGGCGCGCGGUCCCCCAAGCCGGAGGGGAUUCGGAGGCUCCCGGGGAGCGCCCCGACGAGUGA